GAGAGAAGGCGGAGCCGGUCAGAAUCACGUGCCUGAAGUGGCCCAGGGGGCGGGCUGGAGUCCGGGGAGCUUGGACAGUUUACGGAAACCCGGCAGCUGAGGGUCUCCUGCUGCUGAGGACUUCAGGCUGCGGGUUCUCCAAAUCUGGAUUUAAUACAAUGAAGCCAGAAACAUCUCACAUGUUCAUUCUGGGUUCCCUUUGUUUAGCUUUCUAUUGUUUGUGUACUGCUGACAAAUUCUGCAAUAGAGGCAACCAUGAGUGGAAAAAGUUGUUAAUGGUUCAUCACUGGCCUACUACUGUGUGCAAGGAAAUUGAAAAUGACUGCAGAGAUCCCCCUGAUUACUGGACAAUCCAUGGACUCUGGCCUGAUAAAGCUUCAGAGUGUAACCGAUCAUGGCACUUUAAUUUAGAUGAGAUCAAGGAUCUUUUGCCUGACAUGAAACAUUUCUGGCCUGAUGUAAUCCAUCCAUCUCCUAAUCGCAGCCAGUUCUGGAAGCACGAGUGGGAGAAACAUGGAACGUGUGCAGCCCAGUUGGACUCUCUAAAUUCUCAAAAAAAAUACUUCAGUAAAUGUCUGGAUUUUUAUAAAGAUAUCGACCUCAAUAGUAUACUCCUAAAGUUGGGGAUAGAGCCAGCGAUUUCAUACUACCAAGUUGAAGACAUUAAGAAUGCCCUUGCAAGUGUGUAUGGAGUAAUACCAAAAAUGCAGUGUCUGCCCCCAGAAGAGGAAGAAGAAGUACAAACACUUGGUCAAAUUGAAUUCUGUUUCACCAAAGAUCUACAGUUGUGCAAUUGUACUGACCCAGAGGUGCACGCUCCCUUCCUGCAAGAUGCAUUGUUGACUGAUGAGACUCCCAUGAGUCAUGGGCUCUCUGUCUGUGAAAAUGGCCCUGUUUUCUAUCCCCCUCCAGAAAAGACCUACAAUUGGUAAUUUGGAGGAUUCAAAAUAAAUAUAUUGUGUGACAAAA